GUCGAUAUCACGACUCGCGAUCAGGCCGGUGUUGGCUUUCUGGUGGAAUGCAACCUUGCCGAUAAACAUCAAGUAAAGACAAAGGGUGGUAUGGCAGAUUCACGCAGGACAUACGGCGAACAUCUAGAUUCGACAUCGAAGAGUACCUCUGAAAGCACGAGGCUCAGCCUGCCUGGAAAAUUUGGACUAUAUCGUUUUAAGCGACCUGGGGAAUACCGAAGAGCAUCAGUUUUGGGUACGUUGGUGGAUGGAUUGCGUAGUCGAUGCAUUUCUGGCACGGAAAGCAUCGUCAGUGAAUGUGUCGAUGCCUUGGAGUCGGUCGCGGUCGAAAUUAGAAGAUCGAACAAAACCUUUGUUCCCAUUCAGCUGCUACAAAAGACAGUUUUAACGCUGUUGAAAAUGUUCGCAAGAAAUUCGUCGAACUCUAUUACCGAAAAGCAGCGACAGGAGCUUCGACUUGAAUUUGGACUGUUUCCGGAAAAAUGCGUCAGGGAUGCUUUGAACAGCGUUAUUAGCUUGAAGGGCUGUUUUGCAGAAGAGUCCGAUUUUUAUGAGAUUCUUUACAGAAUUUUUGAAACCUUCGAUGGUCUCUUAGCGCAACUCAACGAAAUGGAGCCGGUGCAAACGAUAAAACUGGGCAACAGAAUUGGAGCUGUUGAACCAGAUGCCCACUAUACGCGCAGAAAACAACCAGCUGCACCACCCCUAGGUCAACAGAUCAUCGUGGCGUCAGAAGAGGAGAAACUAGCCGUAAAAGAAUUUUACAAAGGGCAAAAACGGUACAGAAAGUUGGUCAAAAAAGGCAUCGACGAUGACGAGGGGUCUGCGUUUCUAAGCAUGCGGAACAAGGAGCUGACAGAAUAUCAAAGCAGGCCAAUUUUUAGUCAAGCAAAAUCUCUCGUUGUCCCUCACAAUUAUCGUUACGUCUUCGAUGCCACGGCCGGCAGAGCAAUUUCCUGUUACGUGAAAGGCAAUAAGAUGGUUCUACCGGAAGGCAGCCAAAGACGUAGCACGAAAUUAUAUGAUGAGGUCUAUGUACCUGCUUCAUCAGUGGUUCCAGCUGAAGCUGAGGUAGAGCGAAUAAAAAUAAAAGAUCUAGAUCAGAACUUGCAAAAAGCCUUUUCAGACCUGAAGGACUUGAAUGUUAUUCAAAGCAUCGUCUUCAGACAAGCUUAUGAAACCAACGAGAACUUGUUAGUCUGCGCACCGACCGGCGCAGGAAAGACAAUCACUGCUAUUCUAUGCAUUUUGCGUGUAUUGAAGAACUUUGCGCAUAAUACCGAAGUAGACAAGGCUAACUUUAAGGUGGUGUAUGUUGCACCGAUGAAGGCGCUUGCCGCUGAGAUGGUACGAAGUAUGGUAUCACGCUUGAAAACUCUCGGACUGACGGUGAACGAGUGGACUGGUGAUGUGCAGCUGUCACAAAAGCAGUCUGCUGAAACUCAGGUGAUUGUUACUACCCCGGAAAAGUGGGAUGUUAUCAGCCGCAAAACAAGCACUGACGAUCCCCUAAUGAAUGCUGUUCGACUUGUCAUAUUUGAUGAAAUCCACUUGCUCAAUGACACCCGUGGUGCCGUCAUCGAGGCGAUUGUCGCUCGAACAUUACGACAGGUCACUAUUUUGCAGUGGGUUCAAGAAGGCAUGUAUGAGGGAACCAUGUCUGCUUGUAAAGUUGAAAUAAAGCAGGAGACGAUUCGACUAGUGGGUCUUUCGGCCACACUGCCCAACUACCUCGACGUUGCAAAGUUCUUGCACGUUAAUCUCAACAACGGUUUAUUCUUCUUCGAUUUCCGUUUCAGGCCCGUACCUCUCAGCCAAACAUUUAUCGGCGUAAAGAAAGGCGACACGUUUUCAGAUAUGACAAAUAUGGACCGCAUUUGCUACGAGAAAGUGCUGCAGUUUGUCAAAGAAGGCCAUCAGGUGAUGGUGUUCGUUCAUUCCAGAAGCGCAACUAGCAAACUAGCGUCGAUUUUUCAGCAGAUUGCUAACACAGAAGGCGAUCAUGCCUAUUUUUUGCCAUCUAAAUCACAGAAAUUUUUUAAGGCUCAAAAAAUGAUCUCCAGAUGCCGAAAUCAUCAGUUGGAUGACCUUUUCGCUUCAGGCUUCUCUAUUCACAACGCGGGCAUGUCACGUCAUGAUCGUAGCGUAGUGGAGAGAUUGUUCGCUGAAGGCUCCAUUCGGGUAUUGUGCUGCACGGCAACAUUAGCUUGGGGCGUGAAUUUGCCCGCGCACGCCGUCAUCAUUCGGGGUACGGAAGUUUACAACCCUCAGACAAGUUCUUUCAUCGAUUUGGGAAUCUUGGAUGUUCAACAAAUAUUCGGCCGCGCCGGUCGGCCUCAGUUUGACACAUCUGGCCAUGGUGUGAUUAUUACUACGCAUGACAGACUCGACCAUUACCUUAGCCUUUUGACGCAUCAGGUGACGGUCGAGAGUCAGUUUCUGAACAGCUUAGACGAACACCUGAACGCUGAGAUCAGUCUUGGAACUGUUGCAUCCGUUGAUGAUGCGAUGGAUUGGCUAAGGUUUACGUACUUUUACAUCCGAGCGCGUGCAAGUCCAAUCACAUACGGCGUACCACCCAAAGCUUUCGAUACAAAGUCGUUGAAGGACAAGUAA